UAUUCUCAUUAAUAUUUCGAAUCUUGCUUCGAGCAGAGUAAAAAACUCAUAAUGAAACUGUUCGCGCUAUUUUUAUUAAUAACCAUAGUGUUGGUAGAAUGUAACCAUAUGUUUUGUGGUACAAGUGUCAUGAGGCCAUUGGUGCAUCAAGAGCAAGCAGAAUAUUCGUGGAAAUUGUUCCAAAAAAGGGUGGAAGUUAUGUAUUAUAAAAUGCCUGUUGUGCCUGGUGAAAUGCGGACCAUUCAGGGCAUCUUGGCCUACGAUAAGACACACACAACUGCAUCUGCCAACAUCACCGAAGGAGGCCUGGGAUACGACUUCGUCAAAAUCAGGAUGAAGAGCCAGCGUGGAGAGAAACUACACUAUGACAUUUAUAUUUACGCUUGAAAACCCGAUUCGAACCUUAAGACAAAUCAAAUAGUACAUCUGGAUACGAUAUAUGGAUCGAAUCGUCAGUUCAGUGUAAAAAAUAAUAUUUUACAACCACCUAGUCCAAAACUAAAACAAUGAGUCACAAUUUCAAGUGUAUAAAGUGCUUAUAAUAACAAAAUAAAAUAAAACACAAAAACAAAU